GCUGUCGUGCUGUAUUCCAUGUUUUCCCUUUUCCCUCGCAUUUAUUAUUGUUAGCCAUUUUUAAUUUUACUUACAAUUCUAAAAUAAAUUGAAAUUUUUUAAUUACGGUAUUGUAACUCGCGUUACGUAACAGGCUUAACAUCACGAGAACUUGCUUUCCGAAAGUAUUUCCUUCCAUGAAUAAACUAAUAAAAAUCAACGUCCCUGCGCCGAAACGGUCGCGCCAAAACGUAAUGUUCAUGUUCCUGUUUCAAUCAUCACGUGUGUGGUGUGAAGAACGAUAGAACGAAAUGUAAACAGAAAUUAAUAACCGCAUUUUUGCGUUUCGUGAUUUUCUGUUCGUGUUACAUGUUCUCGUCCGUUGUUUUAGACUUUUUUUGUAUAAUCAUUUCAUUUCGUAUCAAAUUCACAAUGUCCGAAAAAACUCGGAGCUCAUCCGAAACCGGAAGAAAUUCCUUCCGGCGGCAACUCCAUUGUGCUGCUUUUAAUCCCAAAUACACGGUAUUGCUUUGGAAAGUUAAUCAGGUGUGCUACGACGAAUAUAAAAAAGCAUCAUAUGAUGAGCCAAAAAGAUUAUUGAGUCUGGAAAUCGUGAAGCCCAUUGUUUCUUCAAUUUGGCAUGAUGGGACCAAAAAACAAAAAUAUCUCAGUAUCCAGCGAUUCCUCAUGCACCACGCUGUCGAAAAUAUGAAGAACAUUGAGCGUUUAAGAGCAAAUCCAAACAUUACGGUGGAACACUCGUAUGAAUCCGAACAAAAAUUAAAAGCAAUGAAUCUGAAUCUCAUCUGUCUGGAGUUCUGGGAAAUUUUCCAAGACCCCGACCAUCCGAUCGAGCCCGCCAUUGUAGCCUCAAUAACAUCCCGGUACUGUGGAACGCCAGAUGCAACUCUCCGGAAGAAGAUGCGGUCACACCUAAUGAACCAGAGAGUUGCGAUCGCAGAGUUCAUACGCAACGAACCGUGAAACUCUGAGAAUGGCGACUCUGAAGAAAUGAGCGGACGUGAUUCUUCACGGCUGGAAGAGUCUAUGGCUUCCAAUCGGUUAUGGAGAGAAAACCAAUUUUCCUUAUCUUUUUUUUUGCGCUGGAGCAUCAAUUUGGUCUGCACUCAAAGUGUGCAGCUUUGGAACUGGAUCAUGAAUAGAAUUAGUUGCUUGCGGCUCCAAACAAAUAAAAUUUGAGUGCUUCUGCACUAUCGCUUAGUUCCAUCAAACACCUAGUUGGGAAAGAGCAUAAAUGGGAUCCAAAUCGAUAGGUCCAAUUGAAACUCGAUAAACUCGAUUGUCGUAAUCCAUCGGUUCGCUGGAGGGGGCCUGUUCUGCCUGGACAUGGCACUCAAUCUAAAUUAAAUUACAUUA